CAGUGAAUGACGUUUUGCACACCACUGUCAAGGCAUAGCCAGAGAAGCACAUUCGGUUUCAAAACAUUGUGAGUUUUUGUGCAUUUUGGGAUAGACAAAAACGUUGAAAAUGGCAACAAAAUCGGUUGAAUUGUCGACAAAGCAACAGAUUCACACACUCUCGGCAAAGUCAAAGAAGAAAACAAAGAAGUCAUUCAGAUAUGCGCUGGCACAAACAUUCCCACGAUAUUGGCCACAGCUCAACGAACAACAAUCGCAACAACUGCUCGACUUACUGAAGGCGGCCCAAGUCACAAAUUCACAAUGGUUCGCAGGGAAGAAAGUCAGUGAAAGCUGUCGACCCAUUCAUUACGGUCUGCAAGCAUCAAUCCGGAAGCUCAAAAGUGGACAAAUCAAAUUGCUGGUGCUGUCAGCCGAUCUAAAGCCAAGAUAUGUAGCCAAUCAAAUCAUUUUGCAAGCGUUUGCCGCCAAUGAAGACAUUCGAAUUCUCUGUGUGCCCAGUUUAGCGACUGGGAUCCGGCCAAUAUUGAAUUUUUCAUGCUAUGCAUUUGUGAUUGACAAUUGGUCUCAAUUGGCCGAAUUGAAUAAAUGGACGGCUCAACUAAUUUCUGAAUAUUUUCCUGUGCCCGCCACCAUUAAAUCAUAUUUUGACCAACGCAGGGAAAGUAAAAACUGCCAAAUGGAAGUGGAUGAACCGGAAAUCAAGGCACAACAAACACUAGAAGAAUGCAUUGAAGUCAAUCGAUUCUAUUUGACGAAAGAAAAAUGCGAACCGAACCAGAGAGCAUUUGUACCAAAGAAUGCCAUCAAUCUGAAACCAAUCGAACUUGAACUCGAACCACUGAACAAGAUUAAAUCUGAUUUCAUCACAUUGGCCACACAUAAUGGUAACAAUGAUCAACCGACCUUCUCUAAACAUGUGAAAAAAUCCAAGAAAAGGCCAUUGACUUUGUACAGAGACCUAAUGAUACAUAAAGUUCAAAGCAAGCCGAAUAAAGUUAAAAAGUUUAAAGAUAAGAAAAAUAAAAAGAAAUGAUGGGAAAAUAAUAGCCAACAAAUGAAAUUUCGAAAAAAUCAAGUAAUGCAAUUUUUUUUUUCUUAUUGUUGUGAUCUCUUUAAAUCGAGAUUUUUUUUUUGAAACAUCCUCCAGAUUUAUAUCAAUAUUAUAUUUAUUCAUUAUGCUUUCCUGUUAAAAUAAAUCAAAUAAAUUGAUUCUGUUUCUUCCACAUAAAAUGUGUUUAGAAUGUCUGUAAAAAAGUGUAUUAUCAUUAUUGUGAAUUGAAAUACAUGAAUUUUCCCUUUAUCUACGAUUU